UCGGAAAGGACAGAAUGUCACAGCUUAGUGCUCAGUUUGUAAAGAAAGGGUUCUGGAUCGACAACACCCGAGGGCCAGUAAUGGGUCGCACAAUCACUACGGACACGCAGACUGGAAAUAUUGUUGUGGCUCUCAUGGCAGUUCUGGCCACGCUAGGGACGAAAAACCUCUGGAAUCUUACAUUAUUUGUGUACCACCAGAUGCGAGUGAGCAACCAGCCUUCUGAUGGUUUCUACAAACAACAACAGGCUAUCAUGCGUAGUCUUACUGGGCCAGUAUCAAUCGCUUCAGACUCUCUCAAACUCUGGUGGAUUUGGAGAAGACGUACCAACAGGACGAUCUCACGAUCUUUACCGCUAUUUGCGCUGGCAGUAAUUUUCGCGGCCGCCACAUUAGUGGUCGGAGUCUUCUCGUCGUAUCUGGUGGACAGUACGGAUAUCAUAGUCCUUGUAUCAAGCCCUUAUUGUCGUCCCAUCUCGUACAGCACCAAGAACGUAACUGCGGCGCAGAGUUACGGCAAUAGCAUUGGUGCAUCAACCAGUCAAUAUGUGAGAGACUGUUAUACCAAUCGAAUCUCAACACCGGAACGCUGCAAAAUCUUUACCCGCUCCACACUACCGUCUCGUCAAGAAAGGAUUGGGUGCCCUUUUGAACAGUCUAUGUGUAAAAACAUUUCUUCGCCAGGCCUUGCAUUCGACACUGGAUUAUUGGAUCUCAAUGAACAUGUGGGUCUCAAUCUAGCCCCCAAAGAUGGAAUGAAAUACCGCCAAACAGCAAAAUGCGCAGUUUUAGAGCUGGAGGGCCACUCUGACAUUACUAAUGCUUCAAACUCCACCACCGCACGCUUGAAAGCAAAUGGUGGCCAAGAUUUCAGUCCGAAUGAGAUGGUAAAGCGAAUCUAUCUCGGCAAGACUGGCUCCGGUAACGUUACGUUUGCGAUCAGACAUGGGCCCAUAGAUUCUCCCCGUACUAACGCUCUUAUUCAAUACUACGAGUCGUUACGGUCACGGGGUAGCGCAGAUAAGUUUGAACCAAUACAGGAACUGAAAGAUAACAACAGUGAUCUGCGAAUCACUAUGUUAUACUCCACCCUUUCUUUCAUGGCGCCUGUAGAUGAUCCGUUGUUUUCAGCUCAUAGGCCCGUCAGGAUGCCAAAGUCGGAUAAUUCGAGCGUUGUCGUUUACAAGACGGACGAACCUGUUUCCGCAUUCGCCUGCCAAUAUCAGUACCAAUUUUGCUUUACUGAUGCAAAGCAGAAGGAUGAAUGCUCGGCCCUCCAGGGCUUGCCGUCGUCAACAGCUUCAUUGAACAUUUCUUCCAUUAACGACGUCCAGCUAUCGUUACUGAACCUUCUCGUAACUUUGUUAGGAAAUACCUUGAGUCGAGAAACUCCAAGCCAGGACGUCUCACCUGGCUUAGUCACCGAGUUGUUGAGUGUACCUUUGCCGAAAGACCAAUGGAUUCGGCAAUUCAAUCUUCUCAACGACGUAGCUGUCAGUCAACUGCCAAUUGGAUUAGAAGCCUACUCAUUAGGGCUAUCGAAUUUCGGUCUAGAGGGUAUAUUCCCAAUGCGGCAGAACGCAACAGCGGUCGACCAAAGCCUGUGCACAUUACAGCGAAUGCAGAGUCCCGGCGGAUUUGUCAACAUCAACGUCUUCGCACUAGCCUUCAUGAGCACGUUUUGCGUCUUGGUCACAGCCCUUGAUCUCUUUCUCCUCAAAUUCCUUGUCUAUUCGGACAAGUUGAGAGGCAUCUUUGCGCCACGCAUCGACUCCUGGAUCCAGGACGGUGUUCUUCAAUUUCAACGCCGUGCAUACGAAGCCCACGGCGAAGGUUCCUGGGAACGGCUUGACAAAGAAGUUCCGGCGACAACAGAUGACGUUCAGCUUGCAACGUUACCAACUGUGUCGAAGCCGUCUUGUAAUUGCUCUGUUGCUUCUUCUUUGCUAGCAAAACGGGCAUCUACGGAGACAUUUGUCAGUUCGAAUUCUCCAUCCAUUCCGCGUAACACACAACCUGAAGUUGCGAGGACAGCCUUGUCAGUUGAGCAUGAUACUGCGGAUGAGCUUACCGACCUGACUGCGAUGAGUUUAAAUGGACCUCCUACUUCCUUCGUGAUGAAGGAGUAG